AUGGAUGAUUCACUUCUCCGAGGCCAUACCUGCCUGCACUGCCAGAAGCUCAACCUCUGUGACGAACUAGAAAAGGUUUUCAUAUGUAGAGACUUGAAAUCGAGGCACUAUCCGGACCAUCACCACAUGAGAUUCACUGGUUUACGUCUUGACGAUCUACAAGAAGGUGCGCGCAGUGGCUGCAGCCUCGGGAAGUAUCUCUCUUCACAGCUUGGAGAAGGAUACCCAGAACAAUGGAGCCCACACGACUUGAAGUUGUACACUGAUGAUUGGAGGUUCUGGGGUCUGAUACCUUUGGAAAAGACUCUCUCAAGUGACCAAAAGCUUGGAUUCCCGAUGAAAGACCACUAUGUCCAUGCUCCGUCAUAUAAAGGAUAUGGCCAUCCAGAGUUCCUGUCUUAUAAUCUCACGACUGAUCAAGAGUUCAAAUGGAGCGAAGGACUGUCUUUCACUCGAAAGCCGAUAAGUACAGAUCCACUGUCAGACAUCACCGCGGCAACUAUUAGAGAUUGGAAAGCUAGAUGCGACACCAGGCAAUGUCAAUCCCACACAAUCUGCUCCAGGCCAAUUCCAAGAUUCUUACCUAGUCGACUCAUCGAGAUUGUCAGAAUUAGUAAGGGCCAGAAGCCUUGUGACCGAAUACCCUGGGAAGACAUUCCUAGGACGAUCCAAGAUGCCAUUCUGACAUCGCACAAGCUUGGAAUUGGAUUCAUCUGGGUAGAUUCUCUCUGCAUCAUCCAAGACAGAAAAGGAUCCCAUAAAGAAAUUGAGAUCGGCCAGAUGACACAAGUCUAUACCCACGCAGCUUUCACAAUUGCAGCCAAAAGGGCACCAGACGCUCAUACUGGCUUUCUUCACCCGAGGUCACUUCCCUCAGGAACAACAGUCGUGGAGGUCCGAGACGAAGCUGGAGAAACAAGACAAUGCAUAUUGACCUUCCAAGUUCCGGAAAGAGAUGAAGACCAAAAUUUCUUAGAUACAAGGGGUUGGACAUUGCAAGAAUACAUACUGUCUCGCCGAUUGCUCAUUAUCGGAUCGUUGACGACAGUGUGGUCUUGCCGCAAGGAACGUGAGGGAAACUGUGACGGAUGGAGUCUGGAUAGAAAACGAGGUGACCCUUUCAGGUUUGAAGCAACUUGGAUUUGGAGUGACAAGACAGUGUUCAAAAACACGCACCGUCUUGAUGCUAUUGCCUUCUUCGGCACUCAUCCCGAAUACGAUCACCCAAGACCUGACGAUCGUUCCAUUAGGUUGGAGUGGAAGUAUCUGGUUGAGCUAUACACCAGACGAAACCUCACAAGGCCAACUGAUAGGAUUCUCGCAAUAUCGGGCCUAGCACAGAUUUUCAGCCGCAUACGCGGAGGAAAAUACGCCGCUGGCCUAUGGGUGAAUGACCUUCCUCAAGCGCUUCUUUGGGAAACCAGUUCUGGAGCUUCAUGCCCAAGACCAAGUAAUCAGGGACCAUCCUGGUCUUGGACUGCUAUUAACAGAGCAGUUACAUGCGAUUUUGGUAACGGAAGAAAUGUCUCAUCAGUGGACUCUAUUGAGUAUGAGCUCGAUCAGCCAGGAGCUCCCUUUGGGUCUGUCAAAUGCGGUACUCUUCGUGUCACGGGGCCUGCACUGGACCUGGAGUGGAAAUGUAGCAGAAGUACGUCUCAUCGGAAGAAUCCUGGGGGGCAUCAUCUGAAGUACUUGACGGCUGAUGGAGGGUAUAUUAACGCUAAUAUCAAGUUUUGUCCCGAUGCAGAAGAGUCUGACUCAGACUGGGCCACAGUAACAUUACUUGCUAUUAAAACUCAUGAACUCACGGCAGGCUUAGUCUUGCGAAAGAAGAAUGACACUGAUUGCUCAAGGUUGGGCUUCUUUAACGCGCGUCUUCGGGAGAAUAACCCCAAUUCAUACUGCCAAUUGCCGAUGGUCAAGGAAUGGGGUAGUAGAACUUUCACUAUUGUAUAG